AUGGCCUCGAGCUCUGGUCUGACGCGACGAAGAGGCGGAGGAGGCGCCGCCGCCGCCACGGGCAAUGGCGAGGACGAAGGCAGCAGGGUCAGCUCACCGGCACCAAAGCGCAUCGACGACCGCACCCCAGAAACCUCAUACGAGAACUCCGAGAAUGGCCACAAGAUCGCAUUUGACCCGAGGGACAUUAGUGAGAGCGCAGAAAGGAGCAAGCAGCCCAAGUUGACGCUCAUGGAGGAGAUCAUCCUCAUGGGCCUGAAAGACAAGCAGGGAUACCUCUCGUUCUGGAACGACAACAUCUCCUACGCUUUACGAGGCUGUAUUGUUAUAGAGCUGGCUUUCAGGGGCCGUGUGAGCAUGCAGAAGGACUCGUCGCGGCGGCGGUUCCCUCUCGCAGACCGUGUCAUUGAGGUCAUUGACGACACGCUCACAGGGGAGGUUCUGCUGGAUGAGGCACUGAAGAUGAUGAAGGGCAGCGAGAAGAUGAGCGUCAAUUCAUGGAUCGAUCUCAUGAGUGGCGAGACAUGGAAUCUGAUGAAGAUUGGCUAUCAACUGAAGCAAGUCCGCGAACGGCUGUGCAAGGGCCUCGUCGACAAGGGCAUCCUGCGCACGGAGAAGAAGAACUUCCUGCUCUUCGACAUGGCAACACAUCCAGUCGCGGAUGGCGGCGCGAAGGAAGAGAUCAGGCGCCGCGUUCGAAACCUCCUCACGAACCGUACUGUCGUCCUUCCUGGCAGUCAGUUCCUCCCCGAAGAGCUCGAGUUCAGGGUGCUCAGGACAAUCACAAUGGUCUGCGCCGCAUACGCCGCAAACGUGCUUGAAAAUGCGUUGACGACGCUCGGACACGAGGCGCGAGAGCGGGCUUUCGCUCAAGUGGAUGAGCUGCUGGCAGAAUACUCACAAUGGCCGUUCGCAAGGCGAUCUGGUGGGCAACAGGGAGUGGGCGCGAAUUUGGGCUCGCUUAUCUCUGACGAAGUGAAUGGCUCCAAAGACAAGGAGCUGCAACUUGAGGUGGUUGCUGCCUGUUUGAGUGUAUUCACCAGGCUUGACUCGUUGCUCUAG